UAAGAAGAAGAGUAAUGUGUACACUUUUGUGUCGCUCUUUUUUGGUCAAUUUAACAAUCUGAAAAGUAUACGUUACGGGCAGAUUAGGGCUUAUCGCUUGCCAAAAAAGUUCGCCAGCACAAAUUUGUGUUCUGGGCUUCACCGGAAAGUCGCUUUCAGCCACUCGUCGUCGCCAACAGUCAGCGGACAUGGCACGCCCAAUUUUUCCGAACCAGCAGAAGAUAGCUGAGAAACUAAUCAUCUUAAAUGACCGCGGCCUGGGAAUUCUGACUCGGAUUUACAACAUUAAGAAGGCCUGCGGCGACACCAAAUCGAAGCCGGGCUUCCUCUCGGAGAAGUCGCUGGAGUCGAGCAUCAAGUUUAUUGUGAAGCGAUUCCCCAACAUCGACGUCAAGGGCCUGAAUGCCAUUGUGAACAUAAAGGCGGAGAUCAUAAAGUCGCUGUCCCUAUACUACCACACAUUCGUGGAUCUGCUGGACUUUAAGGACAAUGUGUGCGAGCUGCUCACCACGAUGGACGCCUGCCAGAUCCACCUGGACAUCACGCUGAAUUUCGAGCUGACCAAGUACUACCUGGACUUGGUGGUGACCUACGUGUCCCUGAUGAUCGUUCUGUCCAGGGUCGAGGAUCGCAAGGCGGUGCUGGGUCUUUACAAUGCCGCCUACGAGCUGCAGAACAACCAGGCCGACACGGGCUUCCCCCGCCUGGGACAGAUGAUCCUGGACUACGAGGUUCCGCUCAAAAAGCUGGCAGAGGAAUUCAUUCCCCACCAGCGCUUGCUAACAAGUGCGCUUCGAUCGCUGACAUCCAUAUAUGCACUGCGAAAUCUACCCGCAGACAAAUGGAGGGAGAUGCAGAAGCUCAGUCUGGUCGGCAACCCGGCCAUUCUCCUUAAGGCAGUCCGCACGGACACCAUGUCCUGCGAGUACAUUUCCCUGGAGGCAAUGGACCGCUGGAUAAUCUUCGGCCUGCUACUGAACCACCAAAUGCUGGGACAGUACCCGGAAGUUAACAAAAUCUGGCUUUCGGCCCUGGAGUCUAGUUGGGUUGUGGCACUGUUCCGGGACGAGGUUUUGCAAAUCCACCAGUAUAUUCAGGCCACCUUCGACGGUAUUAAGGGCUAUAGCAAGCGAAUUGGCGAAGUCAAGGAAACCUACAACACGGCGGUCCAAAAAGCAGCUUUGAUGCAUCGAGAGCGACGCAAGUUCUUGCGAACAGCCUUAAAGGAGCUAGCCCUUAUAAUGACGGACCAACCAGGUUUGCUGGGACCUAAGGCAAUAUUUAUUUUCAUCGGUCUUUGCUUAGCGCGCGACGAGAUCCUCUGGCUGUUAAGACACAACGACAAUCCGCCGCUGCUUAAAAACAAAGGAAAGAGUAAUGAGGAUCUUGUGGACCGGCAGCUACCGGAGCUUCUUUUCCACAUGGAGGAACUCCGCGCUCUGGUGCGUAAAUAUAGCCAGGUAAUGCAGCGGUACUACGUGCAAUACUUAUCUGGAUUUGAUGCCACGGAUCUAAACAUUCGAAUGCAAAGCUUACAAAUGUGUCCGGAAGACGAGAGUAUAAUCUUCAGUUCGCUGUACAACACGGCCGCAGGUCUGACAGUGAAGCAGGUUGAGGACAACGAGCUGUUUUACUUCCGGCCAUUUCGGCUGGACUGGUUCCGCCUUCAAACGUACAUGAGUGUUGGUAAAGCUGCGCUAAGGAUUGCAGAGCAUGCGGAACUGGCCCGUCUUCUGGAUUCAAUGGUUUUCCACACUCGUGUUGUUGAUAAUUUAGACGAAAUACUGGUUGAGACCUCGGAUCUGAGCAUAUUCUGCUUCUAUAACAAAAUGUUUGAUGACCAAUUCCACAUGUGCUUGGAGUUCCCUGCUCAGAACCGCUAUAUCAUAGCCUUUCCCUUGAUAUGUAGUCACUUCCAAAACUGCACGCACGAAAUGUGCCCGGAGGAGCGACACCACAUUCGAGAGAGGUCACUCAGCGUGGUCAACAUCUUCUUGGAGGAAAUGGCGAAGGAGGCUAAAAACAUUAUUACCACAAUUUGCGACGAGCAGUGCACCAUGGCAGACGCUCUACUGCCCAAGCACUGUGCUAAGAUCCUUUCCGUACAGUCUGCCCGUAAGAAAAAGGACAAAUCGAAAUCAAAGCAUUUCGACGACAUCCGAAAGCCGGGUGAUGAGUCGUACCGAAAGACGCGGGAGGAUCUGACGACUAUGGACAAGCUCCACAUGGCCUUGACGGAGCUCUGUUUUGCAAUCAAUUAUUGCCCCACUGUCAACGUGUGGGAGUUCGCUUUCGCCCCACGCGAGUACCUCUGCCAAAACCUGGAGCACCGGUUCUCCCGGGAUCUUGUGGGCAUGGUUAUGUUUAACCAGGAGACAAUGGAGAUCGCCAAGCCUUCGGAGCUGCUAGCCAGUGUUCGAGCCUACAUGAACGUGCUGCAAACCGUGGAGAACUACGUGCACAUUGACAUAACACGAGUCUUUAACAACUGUCUCCUGCAGCAAACGCAAGCUUUGGACUCUCACGGUGAGAAGACUAUCGCCGCUUUGUACAACACCUGGUACAGUGAGGUUCUGCUAAGACGAGUAUCUGCUGGCAACAUUGUAUUCUCCAUUAACCAAAAGGCAUUUGUGCCCAUCUCGCCCGAGGGGUGGGUUCCGUUCAACCCGCAGGAAUUCUCCGAUCUCAACGAGCUGCGAGCACUAGCAGAACUUGUGGGACCCUAUGGGAUCAAAACAUUGAAUGAAACACUUAUGUGGCACAUAGCCAACCAGGUGCAGGAGCUGAAGUCGCUGGUGGGCACCAACAAGGAGGUUCUCAUCACACUGCGCACCAGCUUUGACAAACCUGAAGUGAUGAAGGAGCAAUUCAAGCGGUUGCAGGACGUGGACCGCGUGCUGCAGCGCAUGACUAUCAUUGGAGUGAUAAUUUGCUUCCGCAAUCUGGUGCACGAGGCGCUUGUUGAUGUUCUGGACAAGCGCAUACCCUUCCUUCUUAGUUCUGUGAAGGACUUCCAGGAACAUUUGCCCGGAGGAGACCAGAUUCGGGUUGCCUCCGAGAUGGCCUCAGCGGCCGGACUGCUCUGCAAGGUGGAUCCCACUCUGGCCACUACGCUAAAAUCAAAGAAACCAGAGUUUGACGAAGGUGAGCAUCUCACUGCCUGUCUGCUGAUGGUCUUUGUGGCCGUGUCUAUACCAAAACUGGCCAGGAACGAAAAUUCCUUCUACAGGGCCACCAUCGAUGGCCACUCGAACAACACGCACUGCAUGGCGGCGGCAAUCAACAACAUCUUCGGAGCCUUGUUCACCAUCUGCGGGCAGAGCGACAUGGAAGACCGCAUGAAGGAGUUCCUUGCUCUGGCCAGUUCUUCCCUGCUCCGCUUGGGCCAGGAGUCCGACAAAGAGGCUACUCGAAACCGGGAGUCCAUCUAUUUGCUGCUCGACGAAAUCGUCAAGCAAUCGCCCUUCCUCACAAUGGAUCUGCUGGAGUCCUGCUUUCCCUACGUACUCAUACGCAACGCGUACCAUGGCGUUUACAAACAGGAACAGAUUUUGGGACUGGCACUCUAAAAUCGGAGUUGAUCUGCGCCUGUGUAUUCCCAAUAAUGCUUAUGUAGUUUAUCCGCCGAUCGACUGUCGAUCACUAUGCUAAUCUAAUAUACUUUAAAACUGUUAAACAUACCCUAAUGUA